AUGUAUCUUUUAUGGCAUUUUAAUGCAUUGUUUCUGUGGGCCAACACUAUAAAACGUGACAACCCAUUGUAUCUCGAAACAAAUCAUUUGCUUAGUUUUAAUGUGUUAAAUUGUGACGGCUGUAAAAAUUAUGGUCUUAUUGGUCUAGUGUUUUUCGGUGUUAGUGAUCUUUUGAUUUAUAGAUUAGAAUGUUAUUUGAAAUGCAUCAAGCUAAAGUGUGUAGUAUUCGAUGAUGUGGAGAAGAGAGAAAGGAGGCAGAGACGUUUAUAUUUCCAUAACAUGUUAGAGUAUUUUGAGACAACUCUUUCACAGUCUGUUUUAAAAUGCACGGGUAUUUGUCUACCGUCAUAA